AUGUUGUCUCAAAGGUGCCGCUCGUUGGCCACUACUGCCGUUCGUCGCAAUCCAACCACCACUGGUCUUCGCCAACAAGUCAUUCGGGCGCAAAGCACAAAAGCUGCCGAAGGGGCCUCCAGCCCAAUUGCCAAAGAUGGUCGCCAUGAAGUUUGGAGAGAGGGAAUCUACGAUCAUGACAAUGAACCAAAAGUCCGUCGCCGUGACAACUCGUAUGCAUCCGUGGAAAAGCUUCGUGGGUUCUUGAAUUACCAACGCAACCCCGAACCCUACCGCGAUCCUCUCGAGCGGGUCCAGGAUUGGGAAGAAAUCAACCCGGUCCCCGACCGCGACGUCGAUGUGGCACACACGGCCAUGGAACGCAAGGUCCAAGCCGCUCGUUGCAUGGACUGCGGUACUCCCUUUUGCCAGACUCAUCAGGGAUGUCCCAUUCACAACUUGAUUCCGGAGUGGAACAAUCUCGUCUACCAAGAUCAAUGGGACGAUGCCAUUGAUCGUCUGCAUUCCACCAACAACUUUCCUGAGUUUACCGGACGUGUCUGUCCCGCACCGUGCGAAGGAUCCUGUGUGGCAGGAUUGGUCGAUUCGCCAGUGACCAUCAAGAACUUGGAAUAUGCCAUUGUCGAUCGUGCCUUUCGGGAUGGCAAGAUCACUCCCCGAAUUCCUCAAGAAAGAUCUGGUUUGACCGUGGCCGUGGUCGGUUCGGGUCCUGCAGGAUUGGCGGCUGCCGAUCAAUUGAACCAAAAGGGACACAAUGUCACUGUCUUUGAACGGGCCGAUCGUAUUGGUGGACUCUUAAUGUACGGAAUUCCAAACAUGAAGUUGGAAAAGGAAACUGUCGAUCGUCGUGUCAACUUGUUGCGAGAGGAAGGCAUUGAAUUUGUUACCAAUGCCAAUAUUGGGCACAAUGUCGAUGUCAAUGACUUGAGAUCCAACUUUGAUGCUCUCUGCUUGUGUUUGGGAUCUACCAAGCCACGUGAUUUGCCGGUCCCAGGACGUGAAUUGAAGGGUGUUCACUUUGCCAUGGAAUUCCUCACUGCCAACCAAAAGAAGCUCCUCAUGACCAAGGAAGGUACCCUCGAAUCUCAAUGGGAAAAGGACAACUGGAUCACUGCCGCCGGCAAGGACGUUAUUGUCAUUGGAGGUGGAGAUACUGGAACAGAUUGCAUUGGUACCUCGAUGCGUCAUCGUUGCAACUCGGUCACCAACUUUGAACUCAUGCCUCAACCACCCAUGGAACGGGCUCCCGACAAUCCAUGGCCCCAAUGGCCAAGAGUCUUUGGUGUCGACUAUGGUCAUGCCGAAGUCCAAGCGGUUACUGGAAAGGAUCCAAGAGUCUAUUCCGUCAUGACCAAGGAAUUCAUUGGCGACGACGAUGGUAACGUCAAGGCCUUGGUCACUCAAGACGUCGAAUUGACCGAUCAAGGACCACGUGCCAUUGAAGGCAGCGAACGCGAAUGGCCUGCCGAUCUGGUCGUCUUGUCCAUGGGAUUCUUGUCCCCCGAAGACUACGUGGCCAACGAAUUGGGUUUGGAAGUCGACCAACGUCAAAACAUUCACGCGACCUAUGGUGAUUUCCGUACCAACGUCGAAGGUGUCUUUGCGGGAGGCGAUUGCCGACGAGGACAAUCUCUUGUGGUCUGGGCGAUCAACGAAGGACGGGGUCUUGCCGAGUCCUGUGAUCAGUACUUGGAACAAAAGAGAGUCGAUUUGAGUACCACUGCUUAUGGACAAAGCCAAUUUGCCAACCUUUCCAGUCUGUCACCUACCAUUUAG